AUGGGUCAUCUAUCCAUUCACCCGCAGUCACCAUACGAGAGCCAAAAUGCGUCCCGAGUCUCGCUUGUCUCGAACCUCCAGCAGCAACGCGGCAUCACAAAUCCUGAUUCGCGCCCUAACGGCACUUCUCCUCUGUCACCUAAUCGUGCUGCUCCGCGUGCCAACCAUCCCCCUCGACGCGCUCCGGUCAUUAAUCCCAACCCCAGGAGCGUGUCUGGCAUGCCGGACCCCAUGGCGGCGGCUCCAACUAAGGGUUUUGCUUGGGCGUUUCCCGCAGAUGAUUACGACCACGAAGAGAAGAGGACGUCUAGCAGCGGCGAGUCUAGCGUAGACCGAUCCAACGCCCCUUCGCGUCAAGGCAGCUUCGCGACGUCGGUCAACAGCAGCAUCUUCACCACAGACUCCAAGCUACCACCCGGUCAACAACGACUGAAUGAUGGCACGCCUCCCUACUCUCAUCCUUCAUCAGACGUACUGACUAGUUCAGACAUCCCUAGCACUCAUCAUCACUCCAUGCAACAUCGCAGCGUGACUAGCCUGCAGAACAUUGAUCCCACCAACCCGCUUGCGCCUGGCAGUGGAAGUUAUAGCCGGACCCCUGAGCUUCGCGUCAGCCACAAAAUGGCAGAGAGGAAGCGUCGUAGUGAGAUGAAGAACCUGUUCGACGAUCUCAAUGGCAUCCUUCCCAACAGCCCAGGCAGCAAGUCAUCCAAGUGGGAGAUUCUCACCAAGGCUAUUGAAUAUGUCACAAGCCUGACUCGCGCACACCAAAGCGCUCGCGAGGAAAUCAGCCGCUUGCGACCUGAUGCAGAAUACUGUCGUCGGGCGCAGGAGGAGAACGAGCUCCUCCGAGCAGAAUUGAACGCCGUGUGGAACGCUCUCCGUCGCGUCGAUCCAUCCAACUCUCAUGUCUACGGAAGUAUGACAGGCCAGUUCGCACAAGGACAACCCGCAACUCCUGCGUCCGGGACCAACGUCCUCCCACCGUUACAGCAACAGCAACAGCAGCAGCAACAGCAGGGGCUCUCGCAACAGCCACCACCAUCGCAGGCUCAGUGGGGACCACCGCCGCAUGGAGGCUCUAUGCAGGGACCGAUGCAAGGCGUCGAGUUUGGCGGUAUGCGGCCCUACGAGCACCCUCACCGUUGA